CGCGGGCACGCGGCUGAGCCGGGAACGGGCCGUCGUCCCAUGGAGAGGCGCUACCGUGCAGCGCGAAUCUCUCGAUUACCAGACUGACCUCCAAUCUGUGACACCUGAGAGCAUCAAGAAGAUAACUGGUCUAUUUCCGCGCAGCUUCUGCGAAAUUCCGACGAAAACGGUGCAGUCGUUAUCUGUGUUGGAGGGCAAGGUGCGUCAGGCUUAUGCACGCGCGGGGCACGAGAGUGAGAUGGGCACAGAGAAGGAGCUUAAGGAAGUGGUGCGGGCGCUGGCAUGCGCGAAAUUGUGCGCGCACGAUGAUGGCGUGCAUCAUUUCGGCAGUUUUUACAACC